AGGUUAUAGACCUUGAUAAGGGCAAGGUGAAGUGACUUUCAUUUUAGAUUUGAUAUAACACUCUUGAUUGUGUUGCCGUGAGAGAUAGUCGUAGAUUGUAUGACAGUUUUUAUGUUUAUUAUUUUAGGCGUUUCUGUGUUCUUUCCAUGGAUUUUUGCGCGCCGUUUCUGUGUUAAACAGAGCACGAACGUCCGUGGUCAGAGCAACAAGGCCAGCGACUGCAAGUCUUCUGUGGGCUAGGAGCAUUAUCUCCCUUCAGAAGUGUUCGACAUCUACUUGUUUCAGCCACUUACUGUACAAAAACAGAGACGUUUUUACGUUUCUUUCAUCAAUACAUAAGAGACUAUGUUAGUAGUAGACUACAUUUUAUAAUGUAUUGCAAAUACGGCAGUGUAACUGUAAAAGUAGUGGAGUCCUUCGUGAAAGGGUCAGUUCCAGAGAAAACAUGACAACAAGCUGUGUUGUUGGCAGGUGAAAUCUUGGGGCACAAAUUUCGGACACGCAGCUGACUAGUUUCCCUUUGUGUCCAUUGCACAUGCCGCUAGAGCUCAUAUAAAGAAUGAAGAAAAUGGUAAUCAAAGACAGGCAAUAAUCUCUUUAAUCAAGAUGAGUUGGAACAUCCGAAACUGGCGUGUCAGUUACUAUGACAAUAAUCAGCAAAAAUGGAUCUAUGGAAGAUUGUCCUGCUUGUCUUCUGGUGUCUCAUUCAUACCAGCACUUAAUGACAGUGAUGGUGUAGACAGUACCAGUGGCAAUGAUGGUGCUGAAGACUCUGCAACAAACAAGACUUUAUAUAUUGAGUAUGCAGAAAUUACCAGUGUGAAAAAAACCACAUCAAUGCUUCUUUUCCCAGCAGUUGUGGUAGAGACCAGAGGUGGCAUUGCUUACUGGUUUUCUUCCUUGCCAGACCAGCAUAGUGUGUACAGCAUGAUUCACCAUUUUUCACAUAACAGUUUAUUUAACUAUGAAAACAAAGAGAGAGUGACUUUGGAGCCAUCAGCUAAAACACUUACUGGCCAGAAGCUCCUAAAGAGUCUGGAAGAUUCUGAACAUACGCUGGCAGCUGCUGCAGAAGAUUUGUGGGGUCAAGGGAGGAAACUCGCAAGAUCAGCAGUUUUGAUGCAGGAAAUGCACGAAGAUCUUGAUGUGGCUAAUCGUCUCUUAACUAGCCUCGAUGCAUGGCUUGGACAGUGGCAACUUCCACCUCAAUACAGACAGGUUGAUCCAGUGAGGAUAAUGAAAGGAGAUGUCCUGGAAGAUCAAGAUCAAGAAGUAUUGUACUCAGAACUGCACAAGGACCUAUGGCGACCACAACGGGUGUGCAUCUUACGUACAUCUGACAGUUGUCUCACUUUCUUGGAUCAGCACCAACGUAAAAUCCAAGCAGUAACAUGGGUAGAGCUGUCUCGAGUCUUUGUGGUCAGCCCAUGGGAGGUGGUCCUGACAAAGCAUGUUGCUGGUCGGGCUAGUGUGAAUGUGUCAUUGGUCAGUGCUUCUCUGCUGCCGUUCCUUCAACUGAUACAGAAGCGGGUACCUCACCUUAUGGACUAUCAGACACCGCCAUCACCAGCUCACCCAACGAAGGGUGUUCUGAAAGAAACCAGGUCACAGGAAAAAGAUUUGUCACCUAAGAUGUCACAAUCAGUCAGUCAUGGCAAAGGUGUUUUAAAAGAGGUCGACUGUAAGACUGGAUCACUGGGUGAUGUUGAAAAACUGCAGAAUCAGAAACAGGAAGUUGUGAGUGAUGCUGAGAUACAGGUUUUGUCUAGCCGAUUAGGGGUCCUGAAGUCUCUUGCAACUGCUGUAGGAGAGGAGAUGACCACACAAAAUGAGGCACUUGAUGACUUGAUUUCAACAGUGGAUCGAGCAGAUAUGCGUGUUCAAGAUGCAAAUAGACGCAUGCAAAGAAUGACAUAAUUCAGUAAAGUAAAUCUACAUGGUAGGGAUCACUGCUAGUUCAAAGGCUAUGUUUAAAGCACUGGACUGGUAUGUCUUUAAAGUUGUGAUAAAAGCAUAGCCAUCCAAUCUCUUAAAUAAUAAUAAUAGUUUUUGGGACAGAGAAGUUUCUCAAGCAGAAUGAGAGAUGACUAUUCUAUUCCUAAAAGAUGUUUUUUUGCUUUUUCACCUGCAUGUGUGUUGAUCAAGUCGAUACAUAUUGUUGAUUCUGUGGCUAUGUUUUGCAAACUGCUAAACUCAUUUGAGGUGUGUGAGAGAAACAUAGGUAUCAGUAAUAUCUCUUUUAAAGUAUUAUAAUAAAGAAGCAUUUUGGUUUAGAAGACACUUUGCAUAGUGGUGUUGGCUGAAUCAUUUAGGUUCAUUCAUGAUUAACAUUCAGCCUCAGUUAGUGAACAAUGUGGAGAAAUCGAUGAUGAUGGUUUGUAUGUCAGGAACAGAUGAACUUGAGUAUGUUUACCUUAGUAUUAUGGCCCUGAACUAGUUGGGGCUAUUACUGAUGUUGGUGACUUGAGUUUUAGAAGUUAAAAAUGUGAUAUAAUACUUCAAGCUGAAAACACUUUCUAAAAUAUGCAUAUCAGUGGUUUUUAAUUUAUCUUCAUGGAACACUAUUGUUGAUGGAACAUGAGAACCACCUCAAAACUGAUACACAUAAAAAAUAUGCUGUGGCCUCUUUUGGCUUGAAGACAACAAUACUAUUAUGACCACAGCAUACAUACACACAAUACAUAAGCAGAUACAUAUCUUUGGGUGUACAAAGGUGCCCCCUAAUUUUAGGGAAAAAAUACUCAUCUCCACCCUAAAAUAAUGAAAUGUGCUUACAAUAUUAACUUAGAUGUGACCCAUCAAGUUUUGUGCUCAGAAGAGUUGGCAUUAGUUACUUCUGUUCUAACAGAAGUGCAAGACAAAGAGGUUUAGUAAAAGUCUUUAGAUUAAGACAUUUUCCCUAGGUAAAGAAAAACAUGCUCCUGAAGUUAUGUAAAUUAGGCUCUGACUUCAACAACAUUAACUGGAAAUUGCACUCAGCUUCAAAUAAAUAUAAAAUCACUCUAAAUUGGGGAGAACAAUUUCUCCAGGUGACAGUGUACUAUGUGGACAACAGCGUUGUUGAAAAUGCAAUAGAUUGUGUGUCAUGUAGACAAAGUGCUAUGUGUUGCUAAAGUGCAAUAGCUAAAGAACUUUGGGUGGCAAAGUAUAAUGGCUGUAGUGCCUUGUAAAGCACCUAGCCAAAAAAAGUUUUAAGUUGGGCAAACAUCGCUACUUACAAAGCUUUGCACAGCUGUUUACAUAUUAGUUUUAACCAGCACCGUACAAUAGUGAUACGACAUCACUGAAUUUUAUUUAUGUAUAUACAUUGCAUAUCAAAAGCCAUUGAGUUACAUGGCAUGCAUGUUUGGUUUUAUUUUCUCUGUAAAGAUUGGGCUGCUGUGUGUUCAUCCUGCUGAACUUUACAUUAUUCAGGCAUGUAAUAAUAGUGCAAUUUACAUUCUAAUUAGUUUCCACAUUUAAAUUUCAACAAGUAAAUGAGCUUCCAGCAUGUCCAUUGCUUUUUGUUAGUCCUCUUUCAAACAAUAUUGUCAUUUCAUGAGAUAGUGAUGCAACUGAUGAUAGCACUGAGGUUUGUUAUUUGCAUGAUGCAAGAAAUAUUUACUCAUCUUGACUGUAGAUUGUCAGAGUUUACGAAGGCUUUCUCUUUCUUUUCUGUGGUAGAUGUACAGGCGCCAAAAUAUUUACUAUCAACUGGAUUGCAGGCAAGCACAGUGAAUGUAUACUAAUAGCCAGUUUGUUUAUCCAGUCAGCUUUGUUCACUCUGUCGUGAUGUCAGUUCUGUUCAGAAGCCAGGGCAAGGAAUUGUGAUCUGCUUGUCAUGCCACAUUAUACUUACUGUUUAAUUAAUUAUUUUAUCCUACUAGGUAUUAAACUGUUAUUUGUAAACAA